AUGUCUUGGGACGGUUACCUCAGCCAACACAUUGUUGGAUCCGGUCUAGUUGACCAAGCUAUUCUCAUUGACCAAACCGGUCAAUCAGUAUGGGGAAAGGCAUCUGAUGUCGAGCUCACUCCCGAAGAGAUGAACAAGAUUGCUGUCGCAUUUAACGACCCCACCUCGGCCCAAACAAGCGGAAUUACUGUCGGAGGAAAGAAAUACUUCUUCGGUUGGAUCGAUGAGCCCGCUGAUAAGAUUCCCGUUCUCUUCUGUGCUCAGGGAAAGGAGGGUAUUAUUGCUGCCAAGUGCACCAGCUCCAUUCUCGUUUCGCAUUUCAACGAAACAGUUCCUGCCAACAAGGCCGUAACCUUGGUCACACAGCAAGCCAAAUACCUCAUCGAUAAUAACCUUUAA